UAAAAAAAGUACUCAUUUUGAUUCCUCGAAGCUAACCAACUAAUCCCACCUCUCUUUCUCAAAAUUAAUUCAAGAUCUGUAGAUCCUGAGCCUGGAUUCUUGAUUGGGCACUAGAUUCGGGGUCGUUCAACCAGAACCCAACCCCUGAAUGAGCGGACAGUUCCCCCGCCACCUCCAAGCCCCGUGGCGGAGUCUCAAUCCCAACGGACCCCCCGAUGUCUCUACUAGAUUCAACCAAACCAGCUUUCAGCAACCUACGAUUCUCGGAGGACGGCGGAGGGUCGUUGAAGCCCACGCCAAAAGAUGUUUGCUAGGGACAACGUUGCAUCUCGUCGUAGCCCAAAAUCACGCAACGCCGCCGACGCCGGUGCUAGGUGGUUCCCCGAAGAAUUAACCACACAGACACAGGUCCUUCGCAGGCUUCCCUCUGCAUCCAUCGAUUCUGCUGCGUCUGCAAAUCGUGGUGACGCCUUCUCUCUGGUCCCGAUUUCAUCCGCCAAAUUCUCUUCGGCGAAACCAGUCACCACCGCGACGACGAGGGUCGGAUUCUGGUCAUGGGCAAGGACGGCAGGCAGACCCUAUACUCCGUUCUCUUUCCCUGUAUCGUCCCCAACCGAGAUUUCCUACCAUAAUCCAAGAAUCGCAACUUUUCAAAACUAUUCAUCCCAAUAGUGACUUUUCCCCAAAUAAUCACUCUCUUCUAAGUUCUAACUAAACUCAUGAAUAAGGAAUAAGCUUUGAAUCCCUCCAAUUUUACUGAUUUUUUUUUCCACACUCUAUUUUUCCUUGUUCAUGAACAGAAGAUAGGGUUGUGUGCACAUUGAUGCCAAUUUCAACCCGCCCUGCGGGUAUUACCCGACCUGACCCGCGAUGGGGCGGGUAUUACCCGACCCGCAGUAGCGUGAGCGGGGCAUGGCUAUCUGCUUCUGACCCGCCAUGCCCCGCCCCGUUCUAGACUCAUUUUAUCUCAAUUUCUUACAAUUUUUAUACAUAUUUCUCAUAUUUUGACUUUUCUUCAACCAGUUAGAGUUGUUCUUUCAACUUGGUAGACUCAAUUACCCAUUCUAUCAUCACUAUUUUUCAUUCUUAAAGUGUUUUACCCUUCGUUUUAUCGUAAAAAGUAAAAUUUACUUGUAUUUUUUUCGAAUAACAUGUAAAAGUGGGUCUACCCGCGCCGCCCGUACCCGCGCGGGUUUUACCCGCCCCGCCUCAUAGUAGCAUGGGACGGGGCAUGGGAAUUGAGGUACCCGCCCCGCCUCAUUGCCAUCACUAGUGCACAUCGCCCAUCAAUCGAUACCUAAACCGCUCCACCCAUCUUCACUCCUACCAUCCCACCUCUUCUAAGUUCCACCCUCUGAAUUUAAUUCGCUUUUCUACCAAGUACCAACCCCAGCGACUUUGAGAGGAAUGGAGCCCCACUGAUAAUGAAUGCCAUGAGCAACUAACUAACUAUCUCAUUUCUGUCCUCCAACUAGUUAAUUUGAGUUAAUGCUCAUGUUGGCCCCUAAAGUUCUACAUUAAUUACAUUAAUUGCUGGCGGCGGCGGUUUAGAGAAAGGAAAGAGUCGAGAGGUAGGAGAGAGGGUCGAAUGUGGGCUUAGUGAAGUAGCGUUCCAUUUGGGCUAGGGUUGUGACUUGGUUCAUGUGAGGAUUUGGGCUCAGUUUGUGGGGAGAGUUGGGUUGUAAGGGGAGGAUUUGGGCUCAAUUGGGUUGUGGGGAGAGUUGGGUUGUGAGGAUUUAGCUUUACAUAAUAAUUUUUUGGUUUCUCGGUUUCGGUGUUCGGAAUGUCGGUUCGGCCAACACGACCGUAGCUCCCGAAAUAGACAUUUUCUGUUUUAGAUUUCCGAACUGAAGAACAUAAAUUCGGUUUUGGUUCGGUUUGAAGUCAGUUCGGUUCGGGUUUACCGAACCAGAUGCCCACCCUUACUUUAAAGUAGCUAACAGGACUCAACUAACUUGAUAGCUAAGUUGCUGACUUGCUGGCUGCUGCCUUUAACCCUAGUUCAUGCAGGGACUUUAUUGACUCAAUAACAAACUCAAGGACUCAAAUAUAAUAAACCAAAACGACACAGUCUUCAACUUAAACUAACAUAUUUAAACAUUCAAACUCCUUCACUCUUCCCGCCUUCUGCUGUUGUUCUUACUGCCGUCUGCUGGAGUGAUCAGACAUUGAUUCCACCAACAUGUAAUUGUUUCUCAUCGCAAAAAGUCAAAUAAUGUUUUCAAAAGUCCUUACUCCCUCUCAACAAAUUAGAACUCAUAAUUCAACGCCCAGAGACAUCAAAAAAUGGAAAAAGCAAACAAAUCUAGAAUUUUACUCAAUGAAUUGAUAACUCAAAUUCAUUUCUCCAAACGACGCCUUAUUUCACUUAAAAAAUCAAAUUCAGAUAAUUAUCAUCAUCAAUAGAAUAUAAUAAGUAUUUUCUC